AGAUUAGAGCGUGUGAAGGCUCCUCACCAGUGUGGGAGGUGGCCUGUGCAGGAGGAAGGCUGUGUUUGUGGCCACACUGGUAACAGGGACCCUUGGAGAAGAGUGAUCCUCUUGUAGAGAUGAUGAAUGACCAAGGGAGAGUCAGCCCUGGAACUGCAGCCCCGGCAGAAGAGAGAAGCUGCUCCUGCCUGAACAUCUGGCUCUUCCUCAUUUUUGCCCUUGCCAUCAAAGCUGCCUUGCUGACCAUCUGCCUUGGUGGGUUCCAGGGUCUCUUAAUUCCCGUUGGGAUGAAGGCCUCAGUGGUUCCCUUCUGGCCCAGCAGUGAGCAGCCCACAGCCCUGCAGCAGCAGUUCUCGGAGUGGAAGUGCGACUCAGCGGUGCCACGAGGCACAGACCGAGGCUGGACGUGCUGCCCAAAGGGCUGGAGAAGGUUUCAGAGAAGCUGCUAUUUCCUGUCCCGUGAUAAGAUGAACUGGGCUGAGAGUGAGCAGAACUGCACUGGGAUGGGCUCCCAGCUGGUGGUGAUCAACAGCAAGGAAGAGCAGGUUUUCCUCUUUCAGCAAGUAAAACUAUCUUCAAAGAGAGAGAAUUUCCACAUUGGUCUGUUUGCAGAGAAGGUGGGCCAGUGGCAGUGGGUGGACAAGACUCCAUACAAUGUGACAGCAGCGUUCUGGCGACAAGGAGAACCAAGUCAUAUCCCUGAGGAGAACUGCACUGUAAUCCAUGCACUUGAACCAACUGUCAACAACUGGAAUGAUGUCAGAUCAUAUUUGCUGCAUCAUCGGAUUUGUGAAGCUGCAGCAGUAACUGUGUGAUGGAAAUAUCCCUGUCCUGAGUAAAGCUGGGAGCAGAGCAGUGAGCUGGGAACAGCGCUGGCUGAUCUGGGAGGAACGUGGAGCCCUGACACAUCUUCACUGUGUGGGAUGGGACCAUUCCAAGUGAAAUGAGCUUUGUCCAGCAUAACCAGUUCAGUGGCUCAGGUAACAGAGGAAGGCUCAGACUCAUCAAAGCAGGUCUUGUGUUCUUGUGUCCUCUUCUCUCUGAGUCGAUUCAGGAACCUCUGGCUGAAAAGAGAUGGACUUGUCCAGGAGGGAGACACAGGAAUGGAAGACAGAUAUCCAGAGAGUCAAUGUCCUUUGUCUCCUUGAGCAGAGCUGUUUGCUGUUUGUUGAGUCACACACAAAAUAUCCCCUAGCUGUACUGGUUUUGCUGAAAGAAUUCUGAAAUCUUAGUCAAGAGAAAAUACAGUAUCACACCAAUGGAAAAAAGACCUGUGCUCUGUGUGCACACCUCUCUUUCCUUUUCCAUCCCUAAGCUGUGGGGGCAUAAUUGUGAAUCAAGGAAUGGUUUGGGUUGGAAGGAUAGCCGAGUUUCAAGCCCUC